UUUGACUUUUGCCUAAUAGAAACUUGGAAAGGGCAAAAAGGUGCACAGACCAUACAUACGUACAUACAAUAUUAUUACAUACAUCAUGGCGUCUAACAGUGUCCUUUGUGCCUCGUAUGAGAUAAAAGUCCGGCCUUAGAUCGACAUCGUAGCUGAUAUGUUGGACAAACUAGAGAACUAGCGGUGUAGUGAGCCGGACGCUGUAUAUUGUCUUUACAGCGUUUUCUCUUGACUUCCGCAGCACUAAUUCGUUCAUCGUCAAGAAUUUUCAGUGACACAUUACAGCAACGUCUCCACAUGACUCCGUCUGUGGCGAGAGUCAAUAGAACAUCUCUUUAAAUUCUCUAUAAUUAAGAGAGUCUUUAAACCUCGAUUUUGGACUGUUGUGAUGUCUCUUUCCGUCCAUACGAAAGCUGUUUAGGGAUUCUUGAAUCUGGCAUCGUAAUCACAUGACCAGCCCAGCGGUGUUGACUUUUAAGGAGGUAGAACUCCAGUCCACAGACAACGGCACAAGACAGGACUUCCAUGUCAUGAAUCAAAUCCUCCCAUUUAAUAUGGCAGAUCUGACGAAGACAUCUCAUGUGGAAACCGUUGAGUUUUUUAAUUUCACAACGUAGAGGACACCAUGUUUCACUGGCAUACAACAAUGUUGUUUGCCAACGCUGAGCUGGUCUUUGCAAGUCUAGAAGAGACCUCAGAAGCAAUGGUGCUGUCGACAUACAUACGUUAUUUUUUGGAAGCUGAUAAGGAGAAUGUGAGAGUUAAGAAUAGCAAAGGACAGACGGCUCUGCACAUUGCUGCAGAACUCGAUCUUGCUGAUGUGGCCGCUCUUCUACUAACAUUUAAUAAAGACAAACAUCAAGCUCGUCAACUGGCUCGUGGUCUUUCAGUAGACCCAAGCAUCAUAACCGAUGUGGAUGAUGUAGAUCACGAUUUUUCGUCUCUUCACAAUGCAGUAGUGAGACUAGAGCAAUUAUAUCGGUCUACUUCUGUGAGCAAUAAAGAAUUUAUCUGCACGUCAGCAACAGCAUCUGAUGACCUUUUCUUAAUGACAUGUCGAGACCACUUGUUAUGCACACCAUUCAGCUCUGCUGCUCUGACAGGAUCUAAGAAUGUUCUUCGGCUUCUGUUUGAUCACGCUCGAUUAGCAGAUAUGCAUAACUGUUUGUGGAACGACAUUCUCAAGGUCGCCGAUCUUUGUCAAUCGUCUCUUCUUCACUUGGCUGUGAAGAGCAGAUCAUUACCAGUUGUCAAGAUGUGUCUUGAGCAGAACAUUGACAUCAAGCUGCAACAAAAAGACGAUGGUAACACGGCUAUGCACACCGCUUGUGAGCUCGGAUGUAUGAAGAUCAUUGAGUUGUUUGUUGAACACGAUAGCAGCAUCGUGAAGUCACAGAAUCAUCAAAAGCAGACUCCUCUUCACAGAGCUGCUGUGUUUUGUCGAGAUGAUGUUGUUGCAUACUUACUCUCGAAGGGUGCUGAAGUAGAUGCUAUUGACAUCUAUGGCAACACUCCUCUCUUGUGCGCCGCUUGUCAUGGCAGCACAUCUGCUAUUGAAGUGCUAGUUCAGAACGGAGUAAAUCCAACAAUAAGAAAUCAUCAAGGUUGCACUGUUUUACAUGCCGCAGUUGGACACGUCAACACAAUGCAAACCAUUCUUAGGCUAAAUUCCUUGGAUGCCAAUUUUCUUAAUGCAAAAGAUGAUAAUGACAACACAGCUCUCCAUUAUGCUGCGUUAGGAGGAUACUAUCAGAAUGUUGUUCAGCUCUUAGAUAAUGGUGCUCAUCCGAAUCCGAGAAAUUUUGUCAAGAGAAUUCCACUGCAUAUAGCAGCAGAGAAGGGUUGGCUGUAUUGUGUGAAACGGCUCAUUAGCCAGAGUCGCACACGUCGCAGCAUCAAUGCAACCGACGCUAAGGGAAAGACUCCACUUCAUCGAGCUGCUGCAUAUGGCCAGAAUCAUGCAAUUGAUGUUCUUGUGCAUCGAGGAGCCACAGUGUUGAGAGAUUCAAAGGGAAGGACACCAUUGCACUAUGCUGCACUAAGUGGUGACGUCAUGAGCUGUAAACUUGUGUUACAUGCUGACAGUCACUGCAUAUAUGAUAGAGACACCCACGGAAAUACGGCAUUACAUUUGGCGGUCAAGGCUAACCAUCCGGAUGUUGUCAAAUUUCUGUUGGACAGUGGUGCAGCGUUUGUUAUGAACAACGUCGAUCAGAAUCCACUGGAUGAGGCAAUUCACUAUGGGAAUCAAGCUACAGCAAUAGCGAUUGCAGAGCACGACAGAUGGGAAGAUGCACUUCGUGCCAAAGUGCGGAGAGUUGUCGUUGACGUGAAGUCUCACUUGAUUGGCAGUGCUGAUGGAGAGAAAGUCUUUAGACUCAAAGAAGAGGAGAAAACUCAGUUGCAGUUGAUGGUUGAAAAGAUGCCUAAAGUGGCUUUGAAGUUUCUUGAUCGUUGUCAUGUCAGUGAAGACGUGAAUUCUUGUCGUACGGAAACAUUCAACUACCGAUUGCUGCUUGGCUACACAGAGGCAGACAGUGACCCUCACUCCAGUUUGGAUGCACUUCGGACAAUGUGCGAGUGCCAGUCCAAGGCAGUGUUAGCUCAUCCCGUUUGUUGUGCAUUUUUAAAUCACAAAUGGAAGCAUUAUGGAUGGAUGUAUUGUCUCUUGGCUUGCCUGUGGGUUAUUACGUACGUCUUGCUGUUGAGCUGGUAUAUUGUUGAGGCUCAUCCGAUGCAGUGGGCUGCGGCUAAUAUGUCCAAUAAUGGAACAGUGGGAGUUAGAGAGACUUCAGGUUAUAUUCGAUCGCUGCAGUAUGUAAUCACAAUCACUACUGUCAUCCAGAUGAUAAUUCUUCUUUUUCGUCUCAAAAACUCGGCAUUUGGAGAUUUAACGACACUUACUUGGCUUGUUGCUAUGGUCUCGUGCUGCUGUACACUUGCGUUUUUGCUUCCGUUUAAAAAUGUCGGGGAGCAGCACAAAUGGGUGCUUGGAGCCAUCAGUGUGUUCAGUGGAUGGAUAACACUAGUGCUUUGGUUGCGACGGGUCCCAUAUUGGGGCAUUUUUAUUGUGAUGGUCUACAAGAUGUUCAAACGCCUUUUUCAGGUACUCAUCGUGAUCUUCCUAUUCACAUUGGCAUUUGGAUUUGCAUUUUAUGCCUUGCUAGCACCAGCUGCUGACAAUGUCUUCAUUGCAUUCAAGAAUCUUCCUCGAGCUUCACUAAAGAUCUUCACUAUGAUUCUCGGUGAGAUCGACUUUGCCGAAUUGUUCACACCGAAUGAGACUAACCCAAACGACACAUCCGUUGUUCCUCACAUUGGCUGGCUUGCUGUACUCUACAUCAUCUUCGUUCUCCUCAUGCCUGUCAUACUCAUGAAUUUGCUUAUCGGUCUUGCGGUUGGCGACAUCGAGAAGGUUCAAAAGCGAGCAUCAUUGGAAGGAUACAUCAUGCAAGUAAAUCUACACUUGGAGCUCGAGCAGAGCAUUCCAAAGUUUUUGUUGAAGAAGUAUUGGGUGGUGGAGGAAAAGUGGAAUUUGGACUACUCUCAUUGGAGGAAAAAGCUAUGGAGCCUUGUAGCUAUGAAAGUGGAUCCCGACUCGAAUCAUGAGAUGGAGGUUAUGGAAGAGCGGUCAGUGAAACUCCUCGCUGCUGUCGACAGAAUAGAAAUGAGAUCAGUUGCACAGGAAUGGAGAAUGCAGAGCAUCCAGAGCAGCCUCGAUAAGCUUGCGCACAAACUCAUGCCAUCAUACGAAACCGUCGUCUCUCCAUCACAUGCACCUCAACCAAUGACAUUCAAAGAUGCAGCACUGACGGUCGCAUCCAGACUUCGAUCUCGAUUACCUCGACGUACGACAUACACAGCAACAGGGACAAAGGCAGCACCGACUCGUUUUGAAAUACACCAGUGUGACUUAAAUGAGAGUGAUGAAAACAUACCAGAUGCAGUGGAUAGUUCUGUCAAGGAAUCGACUGUUUAAAAGUGGUUUAUUGAUAUUAAUAAUUUAUUGUGUAGAGAAGUUUAGUAGAAUUUGGAUAGAAUUGCACAGACAAAAUACAGCAAUACAAACACAUGUAGUAUUUAUUAUUAUUGUAGCUUUACAGUA